GUCUCCGGCCGCGACAGGGCGCCCGGGCUGCGGGGAAUCUGCGCUCCCCACGGCGUGCCAGCGGGUCCGUCGGUCUUUGUCUGUCUGUGCCGUUGUCUGUCCAGGUGUCUUUGUCUCUGCGUGUAACUGUCAGGGUCUCCCCUCUGCCAGGGCGCGUGCGGCUGGUUUGGUCCCAGCCCGGAAGAAAGGAUGGUGCGUCCGUCCUUACGUCUUUGUUUCCAGUUUCCUGCAGACGGGUUUUACCUACUUUCAAAUCUGAUCUGGGGAGGUCCUAGGCGUUGGGUGACACCGAUGUCCAGAGCUGAGGAAGCGGGAGGUGUGCGUGUGGGUCUGACAGCUGGGGCGCCGCCACUGAACUUUGCCGUCUGGAACUUUGGAGGUGGGCUGUGUCCACACUGGUGGCGGGGGCUCAGAUGCAGUAAGAGGUUUGGAUUGUUUCACUGAAGGAAUAGGUCACAAGGGUUGAGGUGUAUUGGGGGAUGAACCUGGGUAUUUAAGAGGCCCCCCUGGAGCAAUUCAGCCAAAGCAACACACACACACUGUCUCACACCUACACACACACCACAUUCACUUCUUCCUCUCACCUACCACAGGCAGCCAACCCCCCACUUUCUCCCCUUCCCUACACACACACACACAGACACACACACACACACACACACACAGCCUUCCACACGCUUAACUCCAGCCUUCCGAGCACACAAUUCAGCAGCAAUAGGCAUCACGAUACCAAGGGCUUUCCCUUUUCCACUCCAAGUGGAAAAGAUUAAAGUAUGGAAGAAAUGAGCAUUCUGCUCCCUCACAAGUGUGUCAGUCCUAGAAAAGUGCUCCAGACUCAGCUUCCUGGCCCUAAGUCUCCCAGGAACCAGGAGGGCUUUGGGCCCUGAGCAUCUGAAGUUUCUGGGUCCUUCCUCUUCCAUUCUAUCCACACAACCCUGCUGCCAUCAUCCUGUCUUCUCUGGUCUCUUCGGAUGCUGGCCCGCUAGUGAGGAGGUACCAAGCUCUGGAGGGCUCUUGGCAGGAGCUGGACCCGACAGGGGUCUCCUGCUCUGCUGGCGGUGCAGCCUAGUCAUGGGAACCAAGAUGCCUACCCACAGAGAGGAGCUGUCUGCUUGGUGCUUCUUCCCGCACCAGAGACCCUGGAGAGGAGCCUGUGGGUAGGGGCGAGAGAGGGUUUGUAACCUGAGCUCCCUCUAAGUUCAAAAACAGUUUUCCCUGGGCAUGCUGGGGGAAAUACAGGUGAUGGAAGUAUGUGUGUAUAUGUACCCACACGGAGGUGGGUAUCAGAGGCCGCGUUUACAGUAGGCAGGAAGGGUGUUUGCGUUCAAGGGUGGAGGAGAGCAGUCUGUGGGCAGAGGCCUACGCAGUCAUCAGGGGUGGCAUUCACACCUUGUGUUUAUCCACCGCCUUUCUUCUUGAGGCACUUUCUGCCCAUCACAGACGUUAUCUCAUUUGGUAUCUCCUUUACCCUCACAACAUAACUACCAGGUUGGCAUGAAGCACGGCCAACUCUCUGUGUUCUACCAGUGAGAAAGGGAGGCCCGGAGCAGCAGCAGGGCUUUCCCUGAGGUCCACAGCCAAUCGGAGCAAAGUCAGGUGUAGCCAGGGGGAGUCCAAGUACACACCAGGGCUCAGCUGGGUAGAUGUGAGCCUGGGGCACACUCGCUGUGCUGGAGGUGGGAAAAAACUGGUGGGGAAAGAAGGACAUCUCUUGGAAGGCACCAGUGUGUGAGCAAGAGGGAUGGGACAUUCGAGAUGGUUGUUUUAACAUUUAUGGCAGCCUCUGCGUGCUCACAAGAUCUCGGCUCCCUGGGGCUCUGCGAGGCUUCUGCUAUGACCGCAGUCUCUUCAAAGAGCCAGCACUGCCCCUUGCUGCCACAGCCACGCCAGGUCCCUGCUCUGCCCCGCCUGUCCUCAGCCCCGUGUCACCAUGGGCAGCGUCAGCAGCCUCAUCUCCGGCCACGGCUUCCACAGCAAGCACUGCCGGGCCUCCCAAUACAAGCUGCGGAAAUCCUCGCACCUGAAGAAACUCAAUCGGUACUCAGACGGGCUGCUGAGAUUUGGCUUCUCUCAGGACUCAGGCCAUGGCAAGUCCAGCUCCAAAAUGGGCAAGAGUGAAGAUUUCUUCUACAUCAAGGUCAGCCAGAAGGCUCGGGGCUCCCACCGUCCCGAUUACACCGCACUGUCCAGUGGGGACCUAGGAGGCCAGGCUGGGGUUGACUUCGGCCCGUCCACCCCACCCAAGCUCAUGCCCUUCUCCAAUCAGCUGGAAAUGGGCUCCGAGAAGGGUGCCGUGAGACCCACAGCCUUCAAGCCGGUGCUGCCCCGGUCAGGCGCCCUCCUCCACUCAUCCCCUGAGAGCGCCAGCCACCAGCUGCACCCCGCGCCUCCAGACAAGCCCAAGGAGCAGGAGCUGAAGCCCAGCCUGUGCUCUGGGGCGCUGUCUGACUCCGGCCGGAAUUCCAUGUCCAGCUUGCCCACACACAGCACCAGCAGCAGCUACCAGCUGGACCCGCUGGUCACACCCGUGGGGCCGGCCAGCCGUUUUGGGGGCUCAGCCCAUAAUAUCACCCAGGGCGUCAUCCUCCAGGACAGCAACAUGAUGAGCCUGAAGGCCUUGUCUUUCUCCGACGGGGGGAGCAAGCUGGGCCACCCCAGCAAGGCAGACAAGGGCUCAGUGCGUUCCCCCAUCUCCACAGACCAGUGCACCAUCCAGGAGCUGGAGCAGAAGCUGCUGGAGAGGGAGGGCGAGCUCCACAAAUUACACCGCAGCUUCGAGGAGAAAGAGCUGGCCACCAGCCAGGCCUACGAGGAGCGGCCGCGGCGCUGCAAGGACGAGCUGGAGGGGCUGGAGCCCAAGAGCAAGUUGAAGGCGGCGGCGCAGAAGAGCCAGCGUGCACAGCAGGUGCUGCACCUCCAGGUGCUCCAGCUGCAGCAGGAGAAGCGGCAGCUGCGGCAGGAGCUCGAGAGCCUCAUGAAGGAGCAGGACCUGCUGGAGACCAAGCUCAGGUCUUACGAGAAGGAGAAGACCAGCUUCGCUCCAGCGCUGGAGGAGACGCAGUGGGAGGUGUGCCAGAAGUCCGGGGAGAUCUCUCUCCUGAAGCAGCAGCUGAAGGAGUCCCAGACCGAAAUCAACGCCAAGGCCAGUGAGAUCCUCAACCUGAAGGCUCAGCUGAAGGACACGCGGGGCCGGCUGGAGGGCCUGGAGCUGAAGACGCAGGAUCUGGAGAGCGCGCUGCGCACGAAGGGCCUGGAGCUGGAGGUCUGCGAGAACGAGCUGCAGCGCAAGAAGAACGAGGCGGAGCUCCUGCGGGAGAAGGUGAACCUGCUGGAGCAGGAGCUCCUGGAGCUGCGAGCCCAGGCCGCCCUGCAGCGGAGCCGGGACGCGGCCGCCCUGGGGCCCGCCUCCGCCGAGGAUGUGCCGGCCCUGCAGCGGGAGCUGGAGCGGCUGAGGGCCGAGCUCAAGGAGGAGCGGCAGGGCCACGACCAGAUGUCCUCGGGCUUCCAGCACGAGCGGCUGGUGUGGAAGGAGGAGAAGGAGAAGGUGAUCCAGUACCAGAAGCAGCUGCAGCAGAGCUACCUGGCCAUGUACCAGCGGAACCAGCGCCUGGAGAAGGCGCUGCAGCAGCUGGCCCGCGGGGACGGUGCGGGGGAGCACUUGGAGAUUGACCUUGAGGGGGCCGACAUUCCCUACGAGGACAUCAUCGCCACUGAGAUCUGAGGGGGCUCCCGGGAGCGAGCCGGGGACCUGGCAUUGGGAGGCUGAGGGGGUGCUGAGCCGGUCUAUGGGGGCUUCCCUCGCGAUCUCCCCUGCUCAGGCCUCUGGAAGAAGCGCAAACCUCCUGGCCUGGGGAGGGGAAGGGAGAAGAGGGGAGGGGCCGGAGGGGCGGGGCUGCUCCGGGGCCUCGCCCCGCCUUUCCCGUGUCCCAGCGCUUCUCGUCCCUGCGGCCCACCAGACCUCUAGCUUUGGGAAGAGAUAAAUCCUGGGAUUGCCAUCAUCUCGUUAAGGGCUCCUUAAACCUUGACCUCUGUUCAAAAUACCCUCUCCCAGGGAGGGUGGAGACUACCGUGAAGGCCAGCGGCUUCCCCAGGACGGAAGCUCCCCUCCAUCUCUCUUCCCACAACCUCUCCCCCCGCCCCCACCCUCCACGAAUUGGGAUGCCUUGCGAAGAGGAUGCAGUCACUUGGGACCAGAAGCUUUGGAAUCUGACCGGGUCCUAACCCGAGCUAUUUCCUCCCGUCCCCCAGCCGCUGAGGGGCAGGGUUUGGAGUGGGGUGUGAAGAACCUGGCUGAGCCACAUCAGAGCUUCCUGACCCUGGCAGGUCACAGAAAGGAGGGGUGAGCUGAGGCAGCCCAGGCGUGUCUAGACUCAGCCAGACCGGAGGGGGUCUGUGGGAGAAGCUGGGUGGUAGCGGCCAGACCGAGAUGGGCAACCGCUGGAUGGCUAGUGGCUUGACCCCCUUGACUGCUCUUCCCAAAGCCAUUGGUCCCAGUCCCUGGGGUGGAUGCUGGGAAGGAAAGGUGGAGGGUCUGACUUCCAGCUGUCCCCAGGGGAGCCUCCACAUCUUUCUUCAUAACCCCCAGAGGUGCAGGUUUCCCCACCUGGUUCAAGUUGACCAGCAGCUAUUCUGAGCUGUUCUUUCCCAAGAACCAAGGCUUGGCUUAGAUCCAGAAUAACCUGUGUCCACUGAGAUGGUGCCGGGCGGGCUGGCACCCUGCUCCAUCCAGCUGCCCAUUGUUUCCCUUCUCACUUCCAGGGCUAAGGGCAGACAGAGGCUUUACAGGUCAGCGAGGGUCCGCAGAGUGCCAGGGGCUGAGAAGAGUAGGAGGCACCCACACAGCCUCCGAACAGCCCCAGGGCCACCAGCUGGGCCCUCCAACUGCAAGUCCAUGUGAUCCUUGUUGUUAAGGACCCAGGGCCUGCAGGGGGCUGGGCUUCUCUUCUGAGGAUGUGCCAAGGUGGGGAGGAGAGAUAAGGUAGUUUCUCAGCCUCUUGGUUCAGGGAAUUUUCUUUUCGUCUUCUUCCUUCUUUUUCCUUUCUUGUCUUUUCAGAGGCAAGCCAGAUCUUGCAGGCAGCCAGGCCGUUCCGUGUUCUAUUUUUGCCUCUAGCCGCAGCUGCUGUUCUUAGGACAGCCAGCCCUUGCUGGAUUCCUGGGCCUCAUGCCUGUGGGCCCAGAGGAGUUCACAGAGGUAGGAGAGAUGAGGAUGGCAGCAAUUCCAGACCAGUGCCCCCAGUUCUGUCCCUGACUGCUGGCCCUUCCAGGCCCCGGGAGCUACUCCUCCUGUCCCCUGUUCCUCCAGGGCCAUCACAUUCUUUCCCCGAGUCUGGGCUGAGAGCAAAGCCACCACCUCCUCUGCUGUUGGCACUGCCUUCAGUCCUGCAUUAAGCCGCACCUGUCCUGCCUUUAUGUGACAGAGGAGCUUUUCUGGAAUUUCAAGCCAUUGCUCUUAGGCUCGAUUUAAACCUGGAAUCAAGAGGCCAAGAGCCCCCUCCAGGCCUGGAGGCCAGUCCCCUCUGCUGGGCACGUGCAAACCCCCAAGUCCAAGAGGUCUCAUUCCUGGUACCACAGUCUCUGGUCCCUCCAUCUCCACCAGGCUCUGUCUUGUUCGAGUCCUUCCUCCCAGUGAGACCGCCCCCAAGGAAUAAAGAAAGGGGCUGCUGCCGCCUCCCCAGGCUGGAGACCCCUCUGCCCAAAGAGCAGCCCAAAGCUCAUUGCUCUGCCCUCAAGACCACGCCUGCCAAGAGGUAGCUGCUAAGCCUGGGAGAGGGCGCUCAGGGGCAAAGGGGCACCAUCGCAUCCCUGCCUCAGGCCAACCGUGGAUGACCUCCCUGGGCUGCUGCCAGCUCAAGGCCCCAGGGCGGCCCACAGUGGCACCCCUUGCACCAGAGUACAAGUGUCCUGUAACAGAGCGACCUCACCGCCAUAUGGUUUUUCUUCCCUUACCUGCAUAAAAACCUCCCUGCUGUUCCUGGACUUUGCCCAAUCCAGAAGGAGGCUCUGAGCAGCAGAGGCUCAGCAGGGACUGGGGAAGUCGGCCACGAGGACCUCAGAGCAGGCGGUCUGGCCCCAGGCCAGCGGGAGCUCACCGCCCCUCCCUCUGAGCACGGCUGCUGGCGAGCCUGCUCCUUGCAGGGUCAAAGCCAACACUUUGGCUCCCUGGAGAUGAAGAAAUGCUCCCCUGUCUGCAGAGACAGCAUCCAGUACCACCUCGCCAAGAGAGGACUCUGCCACUGGGCCCUGGAAUGACCAGACUCUCAUGAGGCGCCUGCCCUGGGUUUCCCCUCCAGCCGCUGUAUCCCCAGUAACUCCUGCCUGACACACUCAGCCCCCGUGGACACUGAGCUCCGUGGGAACUGGGGAGCCUUCCCACCCCUGAAAGCACCUGCUGAGCCUCAGCAUCUGGCUGUGGAAGGAAGCUGUGCCCCUGUGCACAUAGAUGCUGUGACCCCGUCACCGCUCCUAUGGUCGCCCUCAUGCUGCCUCUGGGGACAGAGCGGGAACCCCGGCCCCUGGCUGGCUGUGGAUGGGCUGGCCUUUGGAAGAAUGUGUACAGAGUUGUUUUUCUCUUGGUUAUGUUUUGUUGUUUGGUUUGCUCUGCUUUUGACAGCUUUGAUUUAUUUUUGAUGCCCUCUUUUGGCCAUGUAAACUAUUUCUGGUAAUUUUAUGUUUUUAUUUAUGAAUAAAGAAUGCCAUUUCUCACGCC